ACCCGGAAGUUAAAGACUCGUGUUGUGUUGACCGUCAGCUGUUGUAGAUAAAACGCAAAGAGACGUUUUCACUUUAUUAACUUCUCAAAUUAUCAGUUCAGAGAAACUCACACGGCACGGAGAUGAAACGCUUUAUCACUGUUUUGCUGCAGUUUUUGUUGGUGGCGCAAAUCAGGAGUUGGGAUGGCGGCAGCGUGCUGCUACGGGACGUCCAGGUGUUGACUCUUUACAAGGACCGUUACACCACAGCGAGGCGCUCCAGCCCUGUUCCUCAGCUCCAGUGUGUUGGAGGCUCCGCGGGAUGCCAUGCCUUUGUCCCACAUGUGGUCCAGUGUCAGAACAAAGGCUGGGACGGGGUGGAUGUCCAGUGGGAGUGUAAGACUGAUAUGGAUAACGCCUACCGAUUUGGUCGCAUCGAGGUGAGCUGUGAGGGCUACAGCCACCCUGCUGACGCCCACAUACUGAAGGGCUCCUGCGGGCUCGAGUACACGCUGGAGCUGACCGCAGAGGGCCGCAGGUCGACUCAAGGCAGCUGGGGCUCCCACGGUGGAUUCAAGGGGUUCGGAGGUCUCGGGGGUCUUGCCUCCAGUUUUUUUAGCAAUUUCUUCGGAAAUCAGCAUCAGCGCCACCAGCACAACCAGCAGAGUCAUCAGAACCAUCAGAGCCGUCAGAGCUCUUAUCCCACAGGCGGCGAGGACUCAGGAGGCCUGCUGGUGGUCGCUUUUCUGCUGCUUUUAGCUUUUGGCGUCUACAAGCUGUUUCUCAGUGGAAACACAGCUCAGUGGGGGCAGGACGGCAGACAAGCUGGUUACCCCGGAGAUAAUUACCAUGGCUCCGCCGCAGGACCACCACCCCCGGGAUUCAAACCUGACUUCACAGGUAAUCAUGGCGGCAACCCAGGCUACGGUUUCCAUAGUGACUACACUCACGGAUCACAGUACCCAGGAGGCCACGCUCGUCCGGGCACGGGCGGAGGCUUCUGGACGGGCAUGGGAACAGGAGGGGUGCUGGGAUACCUGUUUGGUCGUCAGAGAAACCAGCCGUACAACCAUAACUCCUACGGCUACGCUGACAGCAGACGUCCUGCUGCCGGAGGCUCAGACUCCUCUGGGACACGCACCGCCUCAGGAUUUGGAGGAACCAAGAGAAGAUAGAAGCUGUGGAAGUGAACACACGAUGGACGGCUGUGAGAAUAUUAAAAGACGAGGUUAGUGUCGGCUUUUUGAAGGUCCAACGUGACAAAAGCACAAUGAGACGACCGUCUCUCCUCGCAGGGAUGAACUUACCUGUCAGACAGUAACAUUUCUACUCAGAUCUGCGUUUUUCUGGAGAGUCGCUCUGAUGUCGGCUACUGACAGGAGGCCCUUUUUUUUCUGUGAAAGUGUGGUGUGAGUGUUAGCUUGAACGUUAACUUUUAUGAGUUUUAGUAUGAUGGUCUUGCAGAUGUUAAUUGACUUUGCAGGCAAGAUGACAUAUCUGAGUGUGAAUGAUAAAAAAAUUUAUAUAUUUUGUUCAUUGUUUUCUCUUGUUGAAGGAUAUAGCUGUCUUUGUUUUCUCUCUGCACUUUGUUUUCUAAUCAGCUGUUGUUUCUCUUUGCAUGAAUGUUCAGCCUCAGCAGCAGAGCGAAAUCUGUAAAAACUGUAGCUCCUUUUACAUUCACAUAAAAUAAAAAGCAGAUGUGCAGCUAAGAAUAUGCACACAACAGAGGCAGGAAUCAAGACAGACAUUAUUGAACUGGUUAAUCAGUGAAUGCUGAGUAAAGGACUGUCCGACUGUCCUGGGGCAAGUAAAAUGCCACACUGGGCAGGUUAACCUUGCAACUCAAUUUCCCGAUUCGGCAAGUGGCUAAAAAAGAAACAUCGUUGUUUCCCGAUGUGACGAUGAAUGUACAGGUAUUUGCUUCCUUCUCAUCUCUGUGGACAGUUGCACAUGUGCAAAAAACAAUGAGUCUUUAUUUGAUAACCGCUAAAUACAUAGAUAAAAUAAUUUGUAAAAGGGCAAUAAAAACUGAUUUUGGGAGAGUAGAUAUCUGACCCACUUGCUGAAGUACUUGCCUGACUGGGCAAGAGAAAAAACCCACUAAUUCACUCAUCAUUCUUUAUUAGCCCUCACGCUUUUGCCUUCCGGGUAAUUUAAUGAAUGAAUUUUAAAUGUGUAUAGCAUUUUGAACCUGAACCUAUUAAGUGUAAGAGGACAUGAUGUGUGAUAUUUUGGUAACUAGCUAAUAAAAAGAGAAAUUAAAAAAAUUAAAACUGC